AUGUCGAUCACCGAAGCUUCCAACGAAACCAAUGCGGCCACCUCGGCCACGAACAAGAACAGCAAUGGUUACUGCACCUUUUGCAUGUUGGCAGAGUUCGACAUCGAUCGCGGGUCUACUCUUUCUCAUCAGUAUCCUGCCCCCACUGGAUAUGACGAACAUAUGCUUGCCGAGCUCAUGUUGCCUGACGGUGUCCACGCAAGGACAGAAGACUGGACUUUUUUCUUUCUCAAACCUCCCGGAACCGAGCGUGCUGCUCUACAGAAUUCAGUCGAUGAUCCCGACUCUUCCCAGUUGGGUGCUGCAACAGAUCCAACCGCGUGGCUUUCGCACGAUCUCACCUACGUCAUCAAUCUUGUUCGCACCAAGCACGACAAUACUGUGCGCCGUGGUGCUAUGGUCAAAGCCAUUGCCAUCGGCACUCGAUACCCUUUCAUCGAGAUUUUUAAGCCCGCGCUCCUGCUCGCCCUGGACGACUACUUUAAGAAUCCGGGUGCCGACUGCUUGACGCGCUUGUACGAUUCGAUCAAUCGCCUCGACCUCUCGGCUGCACCUUGCUUUACUCGCGCAGAGAAACUCCUACUCCGCGGCUCAGAUCGUCGCGACCUGUUUGAAGAGCGCUUUGUCGCUUUUCAACGUACCGAUGUUGAUCCUACACCAAUCGCCACGACUCCCAGCGAAGAAAUGGAGACAGCACGCUUCUCUCCCACCGGCAUCGCUGGUGACGAGGCUGCGCCACGGCGACGCACAGACAGUACAUCUACCUUCUCGUCCGAGACCAAAUCGCUUAGAAAGAAGCUCAGCACAGCCUCACUGCGCCCCGCUCUGGGUGCUCGUCGAGGCUCAUCCGCCAACUCAAUCAUAGGCGCUGCUGCGAGUGUUACAGACCGGAGGUCAAACUCGACUCCAGUCAUUGCUUCUACCGGAUCAGCAAGACCGCGUGAUACCCACUUUUUCGACGCCGUCCUUACCUAUCGCAGCGUGCCCUUGCCUAUUCGUGUGCCUCUUACCACUUUCCCCGAAGAGGUCGGCGAGUACUCGCUCAUUCGCCUCAUACAGACCUUCUCCGGCUCGCAGUCGGCGCCAACAGGACCGAUUCAUCCUCAUUUGCACACGAAUGGCCCAUCGACACAUCCCAUCAUCGUCCUCUUCAACGCACUCGUCACACAGAAGCGUGUCGUCUUUCUCGGCUACGGCCAGCCAGCCAGUCACGUUGCCGGUUUUGUCUUGGCCGCUUGUGCCCUUGGAUCUGGUUGUGGAGCUGUACUACAAGGCUUUGCUGCCCGAGCUUUCCCGUACACCAACCUGCUCAACCUUGACGACCUCGAAAAAGUACCCGGCUACAUUGCUGGCGUCACCAAUCCACGAUUCGAAGACCUGCAUGCCUGGGAUCUGCUCCUCAACGUGGAGACAGGUCGUAUGCAGGUGGCUAAGGAUAUUACUCCAGCUGUGCCACAAGCCAACGGACCGUCACAGCUAUUGAUGCGGUCCUCGACUCUGCCGCGCGACGGUGCUGGCGUGUCUUCAUCCAACACCUUUGGAAGUCUAUCAUCUGCAAACAGUCACGACUUGAAGGCAUCUUCCGAUGCCGAACUUGCGCAGUUCGGUGCUCUUCCAACCACUUCCACCGGCGCGAUUUCCAACACAUCCGUGUCCGGCAAAAGUUCAAGUAUGGGCGGUUCGGCGACGCGUGACCGUUCCAACACGUCACAAUACGAUUCGCGUUCUGAUCCAGGCAACGCGCUGUUCAUGGAGGAGCUGCAGAGCGCCAUCGCUGCGCACUACGGCGAGCGCUUUAUCCGCUCUCGUAUACAAGAGUACGUCUUCCUCUUUGUUCAGCGUGUCGCGCGCCACGAGGAGCACUUUUACGGUCGUACAUGGCUUGCGCCACCCUGUCAGCCAUUUCUCAACGGACAGCUUGGAUCGGGUCCUGUCUAUGUCGACCGUGAGGCAGAGAUGCGCGAGAUCCUCUCGAAUCAGAUGCGAAUCGAAGGCUUUCGUUCCACGAUUGCUUAUGACCUGCUUGUGAUCGAGCUGCAAAAGUAUGGUGGAUAUACACAAGCGAUCCGCAACUUUGAUGUGUGGCAUCAAAUAAGCCGAUUGCGCAGAGCACGAAAACUGCUUGUGGGAGAAUCGGAUCUCAUCUUCGAGACCCUUGCAAAGAGCGUCGUUACACACGAUCAGAUUGUCGAGGUGUUAGCGAUGCUACCGCCGCACACAGGCGGUUUGCUGCCACUGGCGUUGGGGCUGUUCCACCCUUCGCAGGCUGCCAGAGACGCUGUGGUGGACUUUUUCCUUCGGCUCUGCCGGCAUCCGGUCGGUCGCAAGUUUGUGCAAAGCAUGCACACUUUCCACCGACUAGCAUUUGCGAGGCUUGCGCAGGAUCGGGCUGAGGCCGAGCUGGCUAUAGCAGCAGCAAGUUCCAGCGAAGUGCAAGAGCUGACAACAGGACCAUCAUCGCAGCCAGCUCUACUUUCUGCAUCGCUGCCCUCAAGUCAGACUGCGGACACCAACAGCCUGGGUGCAGAUGUGGCAUUGUCAACAGAUAGGACGUCUUCUGCAACGAUGUCAUCUGCGGCGGCGGACGAUGCUGAACAAUUGACAGCAGUAGAUGAACCAACAUCUUCUCUAGACGAAACUGCGUUCAUGCCGAGCUCGCGCGGUACGAGCCGUCCCUCCACCUCAUUCAGUCCUGUCAAAGAGACCGAUCGCGCCUCGUCGGUUCAGAGCCAAGUAGAGGCUUAG